AUGGGCUUUGUGAACUUUGCGAUUGACCUUGCGGCGGUGCUCAAUGCCUCUCGGUCUGUCGCAUCAAAGCAUGUCGCUCUCCGCGGCCGGCAGCUCGAUGUCUACAGCAAGACGUCGAGUGUUGCGUCUCUGGUGAGGAGCAAGGCUGCUGGUCCAGUGCAAACGGAAGUUCCAGAGCACAAGGAACAAACGGACGAAGGCGAAGUUGUGGGAAAGGAGGCCGUGGAUGCUGAGGAUGUUGGUGACAAGAGCUCCGAGUCUGCGCCGGUUUCUGAGGCGCCAAAGCCGGGAGACUUCAAGCUCCACGAGCAGCCAAUCUUCAAGACUUCACUAUCUGGAAAUGAUUCCAUACGACAAACAAUAGAGAAUGCGCCUGCGAAUACCUCUCCGGCUCAGAACCAGGACCAGAUCAAGGAGGAGUUGGACGUUCCUCAGGGGAUUGACGUCAACAUCUUUCACACUGCGCGAGGCUCCCAAAUUCUCGACUCAUUGCGCAAGCAACGCGGAAAGCCGGAGGGCCGCAACGAGGCUGCUGGCAGUGCUGCAAAGGAGCAUCCUCUACGAUACUGGCCGCGACCACCUCCUGCUGUGGAGGACGUUACUGAAGUCACCAGUCCUACUCCUUUAGCUGUUGCCGAGGCUGAAAGCAGUAGUGUUGAUGCUACGGGUAGUCAGACUCAGCAGAGUGUACAACAAUCAGAGCCUGUAGGGACUACAACACCGGGGUCAACAAGUACGUCGCCGCCUGAACCCCAGGUUGUGCCCGAGGCUGCUACAGAAGCCGCGCCAGAGACUGUGGCAGAAGAUGUCGCAAAGGCUUCACCAGAGUUUGUGCCGGAAACUACCCAAGAGACUACGCCAGAGACUGCUACGGAAGAUGUCACAAAAGCUUCAUCGGAGCCUGCAUCGGAAACUAUAUCAAAGAUUUCACCGGAUACUUCUCCCAGCCCCAUUGCAGACAAAGAGGAACCCAAGUCUAGCGCCGUCAAAGUAGACGAGGAAAUAGUCGGAGCUGUGAAAGCAGCGGCCAUCCCCGAAGCACCAUCCGUGAAUAUACCUACCUAUCAGCUUCGAGAAUCCAAAGUACCCGCUACCCGAUUCAGUCGUAUUCUCAACUACGGCGGUCUGGCUGCCGGAUUGUUGGGCGGAGCCGUGACGGAGAGCGUGAGCAGAGCCUUUGGGGGCGGUGGCGGAGGAUCCGUGUUGCUCAGUGGAGGGAACAUGGAGAGGUUGGUUACAAAGCUGUCUCAAAUGCGAGGUGCUGCCCUGAAGCUGGGACAAAUGAUGAGCUUUCAGGACUCGAAAACAAUGCCAGCCCCUCUUCAGGAGGUGCUCCAGCGGGUUCAAGACCGAGCUGACUACAUGCCGGCGUGGCAACGGGACCGUGUUUUGACCAGUAACCUUGGAUCUGACUGGCGAGACCUGUUCAGCGAGUUUGAAGAGAAGCCCAUUGCGGCCGCUUCGAUCGGCCAGGUCCAUAGAGCCGUGCUCAAGUCAAACGGCAAGCGAGUGGCAGUCAAGAUUCAAUUUCCCGGUGUAGCCGAUUCCAUCAACUCUGACCUGGACAAUCUCGGCAUCUUGCUCACGGCGACAAAGUUGCUUCCCAAGGGCCUCUACCUGAACAAGACGAUCGACAACGCCAGACUAGAACUCGGUUGGGAAUGUGACUAUACGCGCGAGGCAGAGUGUGCGAAGCGGUACAAGGAACUGCUCCAGGGCGAAGAGGACGUUUUCGAAGCGCCAAAUGUCCAUCUGGAGGCAUCUGGCAAGCAAGUCCUGACCAUGGACUUUCUCGACGGCAUUGGCGUCACUCGCGUCACGUCGUUUACUCAGGAGCAGCGCGAUUGGAUUGGCACGCAGAUCCUUCGGCUGUGCCUAAGGGAGAUUACAGAGUUCAAGUUUAUGCAGACAGAUCCCAACUGGACCAACUUCCUCUACAACGCCAGCACCAACAAGCUAGAACUUCUCGAUUUUGGCGCCUCGCGGGAGUUCCCCGAGGAGUUUAUCUCGCAGUACGUGCAGCUCCUCGAGUGCGCAUCACGGUCCGAUCGAGCAGGCGUCAAGAAGUUCUCCGAGGGCCUGGGAUACCUGACGGGCCACGAGAGCAGGACGAUGCUGGACGCGCACAUCCAGUCGGUCCUCACGCUGGCGGAGCCGUUCCUCGAAUCGGCCCCCGAGGUCUACGACUUCAAGGACCAGACCAUUACCGAGCGAGUCAGGGCGCUCAUCCCCGUCAUGCUCAACGAACGGUUGGCGCCGCCGCCCGAGGAGACGUACAGCUUGCACCGGAAGCUGAGCGGCGCGUUUCUGCUGUGCGCGAGGCUGGAGAGCAAAGUUCGGUGCCGCGAGCUGUUUGCCAACAGCGUGGCCAAGUCGGGCCAUGUUGAGCGUUCGUGA